AGCCAAGCCGAGAAUAUGCCAGCGUUUGAUGUUACCAUACCCCUAUACCCACUUCAGUUGUGCACGAGGACCAUACCUUUGCACGCUCUUCACCCCCUCAACCAACACGAAGCCGUCAACCAGCUUUUCAAUCAGCUAAUUAGCAGCUUCAUUUUUGAGAUCAAGAUUAAGAGAAACGAUACACUUCCCUUACCCAUAUCCAGUUCCUGUUGUUGCUGCAGAGCCAUGUCCUAGCUUUGGAUGAGAGUCUUGGAAUAUUUCUAGACAGUCUCUUUGAGCACAUAGCAAGGAAGUGUUGGAAACGAGGUCUAGAAAAUGUACCUGUUCUCUCCCGAAAAAGUAUUGAGCACUUUUGUCCUUUCAGCCUUAGACGAGAAUCUGUGAAUGAUACCAAGCUAAAAUCUCCAGUGAAGGCUUUGAUCAAAGCUAGAAAACAACUGUUAGAGUCGGUUGAUGAAUUAAACUUAAUGCACAACGUUCAAUCUGCCAUUGAUGUUACAAAAAAACUGGCAAAGGAGGUUAAGGAUAUUCAAGAAGGUGUUGUCAAGAUAUGUGCUGCAUUGCUUGCUGCUUUAAUGGAGCAGCAAAUCCAGAUUCCCCUUUUAAGUAGCCACAUAAGCACUGCUGCAGCCCUGUCCACCAUAUCAUCAGUAGUUAUGGGUGCUUGGACAUUUGUGAGUAUGGGAUUAGCUGAAAUCUCUAAAGUUUUGAGUUCGUCCGAAGGCCAAUCUUUCAAAAUUGAAAUCGAAGACUAUAUCAAUACAGUAUACUACAGCACAACUCUAAACCGAAACAAAAGUCGAGAGGAACGUUCAUAUGCGAAUAAGUUGGGAUCUUUGAUUGGAGAAAUCAAAGAGGGUCCAACCGUCACUUGUAGCGAGGAGUACAUCAGCUAUUCACUCGAAUGCCAGCUUAAAAAACUUUCCAAACAGCUAAAUUUAAACGAAUCCACUCAAGUGAGUCAUCUUGUUAGCUCCUGGAAUGCAGUCUUCAAGAAAAAUGCUCUAUCUCUUGUUGCCAAGACUCAUCAACCACUAAUUGCUCGCUGGCUUAAAUGGUCGUUACUCACUCACAAUCUAAGAGAAACACUUGCUAGCUACCUCUGUGUGGCAGUAAUUGGUAUCUCAAAUUCAGGCAAAUCUUUGCUUGUAAAUAGCCUAUUCAAAACAAAAGCUCAAGUUGGAACUACACAGUCAAAGAAAACAGUGGUUCCAUUUUUGUACAAUUUGGAUGGGAUGGUAGACAAUCUCGACGUUGUAGAUUUCCCUGGUAUUGAUGACAAGGAUGGAAUACCAGAGCUAAUGAACCUGCUAGUGAGCCUCGCCCAAGUUGUCCUGUGUGUUGUGAACUACAAGAGUGUCAACUCCAAAUCUCUCACAGAUUUGCUCUGUCAACUUGAAAAAGAGGAUAUCCCUGUGCUUUUGUGCAUAACACAUGGAGACUGUUUGUGUGCUGACAUUUGCGAGGAACUUACUAAUGAAGAUGGUGAGAAGCCAGCAAUCGAAACAAUGAAACACUGUCUUGAACUUGAAUUAAAGGCUACCACUGAAGUACUCAGCAGUCACCAUGUCAUGUACAUUGAUGUACUUUUGCUUUAACAAGCAGCAAUCACACCUAUCUGUCGAAGAGCUAAAAUUGUUGGGGGUAUUUUCAAUAGCCAAAAUUGGAUGGUGGCUCGUGGAAACUAUCCGCGAUAAGCUUGAUCAGCCUGCUAUUGCUAACAAACUUCAAGCAUUUUUACAGCCUUAAUAAGCCAUGACAGACAAUUAAUUUUAUAUGCUGUGUAAUGAUAUUUAGGCCAUCAAAGUAGAUCGGUUUUUGUAUUAAAAUUGAUGAGGCCAUGAGGUCAUUUUUCCUUAUCA